AUGAUACCAUCAAAAAGAAUUCAUAACAACUUCACUACAAACACUUCUCCACAACCACUCAACAAACCCAAUACCAAACCAAUCCCAACAUAUCAUAAUCCAGUAUCAACAACAAUUUCUUCACCUUUUCAAAUAAAUAAACAUAAGAAAAGAUGGAUAUUAUCACCUGGUACUGCAAAUGACCAUGAAGCAAUCAAUAUUAUCAAUCAUUUAAUAACUAAUCACAAUAACACAUCAAUCAAUCAAUUUACAAAUUGGUCAAAACAAAAUUUAAACAUCUUGAAAAACAAUGCAUCGCUGAAUACAAUAUUAUAUGUAACAAAAACAAAUUACAUCAAAACCACACAAACAAAUAAAGGAGAAAUACCUAUAAACAACAUCAUCAACAUCAAUGAAUUAAUCAACUACCUCAAAUCUAAAAACCUCCCUGGUAACAUCACACUAUUUGACUUCUUUAAAGCAUUUGAUUCUCACGAUAGUAUUAAAAGAACAUUAAUUCAUAUUGGUAUACCAAUAAAAUUAAUAAAUAUAAUCCACAAGCUUUUAUCUGACUCACAAGCAAAAAUUUCAAUUAAUGGUAAAACGACUAGAAAAUUCGAUAUUAAAAGUUGUGUAAAACAAGGUGACCCAAUCUCAGCCACUUUAUUUGUAAUUGUAAUUGAAAUAUUAGCAAGAACAAUAAAUGCAGACAAUACAAUAAUUGGAUUACCAAUUUCACCCAAUCCACAAAUUAAAAUCAAAUUUACCCAAUUUGCAGAAGACUCUACAACAUACAACAUCAACUACGAACAACAACAACAAUCAAUCAAACAUUUCGAUAAUUUCUGCGCUUCAACAUCAUCAUCAUUAAAUUUUGACAAAAGUGCAAUAAUAGAAAUCAACCCCCACAAAAUCACUGAUAAACACUUAAUAAACAACAUUCCACAAUCAAAAAGAAUACCAAUAACCAAAAAAGAUCAAUCAGAAAGAGUUCUUGGCUAUUUCUUUAAUCAUAAUGGUUUACAUAGGAAAUUACCAGAAACAAUGAAAACACUGAUCAAAUCAUUAGUACUAUGGAAAACUAGUGGCACAACAUUAAAAACAAAAACAACCAUCAUAAACACUUACUCACUAUCACCAAUAACAUAUUUAUCAUACCUUGAAGAAUUUACAAAAGAUGAAGAAAUUCAAAUUAAUAAAUUAAUCUCAUGGUUUAUGAAUUCUCCCGCAAAUUCUGAAUCACCAACUCUCAAUACCAAUUCCAUUGAAAACAACACAUCAACCAUCCAUUCACGUGCAAAAAUACCUUUGAUGUGUUAUGAUAGAUCAUUAAAACUAUUAAAAGAAGGUGGUUGGGGUAUGUGGAAUAUACAAUUACGACAAGCUGCUCAAAAGAUUUGGAUAUACAACAUAUUUUUACAAAUGCAUAAAUCUGCAAACAAUUCAAUAUACAUGAUAAGUUGGAUGGAUCAAAUCAUCAACAAGUCAAUCUCUUCUCCAUUCCUUAUAAAAAUCAAAAAAGAAUGGGAAAACUAUGCAACUCAAAUUAGAUAUCUAAAAGAUAAAAUUCAAACCCUACAACCAAUAUUAAUAAAAAACCAAACCACUCAAACAUUAACCACAAAUAAUAUUUCACUACCACCAACACUCAAAGAAAUCUACUCGACAAUACUCAACAAUCACCAAUAUCCAAAAGGCCGUGAUACAAUGCAAAGAUUCCAUGCUAGAUGUCUUCCGAUUAAUCAUCUACACAACAAAGUUUGCUCCAUUUGCAACAAUGAAAUGAAUAAUGAUCCCUAUGGUCAUUUGUUUUUCAAUUGUCAGCACACAAUCAACUUCAUAAACCACGACAAAUUAAAAUAUUUUAUAUAUAAAAAUUGCAAUGGAAACAAAAACUGGUCACUAACAAAAAACCAAACAACAAAAUUAUACACACUCAUUUAUAAACCACAAACAAACAACAAAGCAUUUAAACCAGAUCCAACUAUCAAUAUUAAUUUUCAUUUUGCAGAAAACGCACAAUAUAAAAAAUACAGGUUCAACUGGAAUUAUAUAAACACAAAUCUUGAUCUAGUCAGAACACAUGCAUAUUGGAACAUAAUCUCAUUAGUUAUUCACCAAAUAUGGAUAUGGUUAUGCAAAUCAUUAUUUGACAUCAAUAUAACUCAAUCAAUUGACAAUUGGAACAACCAAAUAAACAACACAACACUAGAUUAUGAUAUAUUAAAAUCAAAAUGGCACAAGCUAAUAAGAUUGGAAUAUUCCAGAACAUUAUCAAACUUUAACCAAUACUCAAUUAAAAACAACCUCACAAAAACUCAAAAAGAAACCCAAUGGCCCGAAACCAUCAAAAAAUUUAAAAAAGAAUGGAGCAUAAACACAAACCAAUGCUGA